AUGUUCCCGCAGCUCUUGCUUUCCCUGCACCCCCCCCGCCAUUUCCCCUCACAGCCGCAGCCGCCGCUGCGCUGCCCUUCCUCCGCUAGGGGGCGGCACCGCACCGCUCCCGGCCCGCCGCUCCUCGCCAUUGGCUGUUCCUCCCCCCUCACCUCGGCCGCCGGCAGCCGCUCGUUGGUCGGUCGGGUCCGUGCCGAGUGCCCCCCCGAGGGUACAACUGGCCCCGGGGCGCGGUACCGCUCGCAGCCGCCAGGGGGAGCAGGGACCGGAGGGACCGAGGGGUACCCGGCGGAAAGGGGGGUCCUGCCGCUACCGGGGCCCGGCCCCGGGCGACCUGCGGGUCCCGCGGUGGUCGAGCAGCUCUGUAGCGGGGCGGGCACCGGCAGCACAGCCGCUGCACCCCCCCCCGUUGGCAGGAUCUGUGUUCGUGGGGACUCUGAGCUGCACACGGUGUGCUUGGGGUCUCCGUGUGAGGCGAGUGCUGCUGGAUUUGCCACAUCCCACAAUGAGACACGUUCUCUGGGCUGCACCCAGAGUGUUUCCAGCCCCGCAAAGGCCAGGACGGUUUGGGCUGCGCAGACUGGACAUUCCCGCGCACCCAGGCAUGACCUUGGCAUUGGAACCCCCAGCCUGGAUGACUACUGCGGGUUCCCCACUCCGGCUUUGGGCUCCCUCCUCCUGGUGCAGGUUCUGGCUGGUUUCUGCUCCCCAGUUCUUUCUUGGAGCAACUGCCAGGACAGACCCCUCCAGCCUGGCGCUGGUUCUGCUGGAGCCAGGGAGAGCUUGGAGCGGGAUGGACCCAUGGAUGGGCAGAGGAACCCCAGCCAUGCUGGGCUGUGUGGAGCCCCAGAAGCAGCCGGGCUGCCUGUGCUGAGGCCAACACUGCCACAUGCCCUGCCUGCGCCCGCCUGGUGACACUGCGAGGAGUGCGCAGCUCCAGCACGGACACAGCCACAGAGAUAGGCAGAAGAGCUCCAGCCACAGCGUGUGGGGUGUGAAGCCCCAAGAAGCAGCCGAGCUGCUGCCCCAACACUGCUGUUGCCCUGCCUGCGCCUGCCCGUGAUGCUGCAAGGAGUGCACAGCUCCAGCUUGGACACGGCUCCAGGUUGGGGGUUUGGACCCCCCCUUUCUUGGUUGGGGAGUGUUGUUUCGAGGUUGGGCUCAGGUUUGGGUUUAGAUUUUGGGUUUUGAUUUUGGGUUUGGAUUUGGUUUGGGUUUGCUUGUUUGAUUUUGAGUUUGGCUUUGGAUUUAGGGUUUGGGUUUUGAUUUGAUUGUUUCAUGUUCAGGUCCCCAUUUCUUUCAGCCACAGCUCCUGGACAUUUCCAGUUCAGGUUUGGCUCCAGCUCAUUUACAGCUCCUGCUGGUUUCUGCUCUGGGUUCAGGUCCAGCUUACGGAUGCCUCCAGUUCAUUUGCAGCUUCAGGUCAGUGUUUUCUGCCCCCACAACAGCUCCAUUUUUUUUGGAGCUCCAGCUCAUUUAUGGCUUGGGCUCAAAUGCAGCCUCAGGUCUCUGUUUCUGCCCUCCUUUUGUUCAGUCCCAGCCCCUGGAUGGCUCCAGCCCCAGCCAGGUACAGCUUGUGCUUGUUGAACUGAGCCUGGCUUGUGGCCAGGUCAUAAAAAUCAAUCACUGUCAUGACAUGCAGAUGAAUAUAACCUGUCAUAAUUGCUCUCUGUCCAGCCCAGGACUCUUGGAGUGGUUGUACAUGCCUUGAAUAAAUAAAAGAGUUGGAACCCAAA